AUGGCCUCCCUUUUGCGCAGCUUUGUCGAGUCUCGAGGGAUUUGUCUCAGGAGCAGGCUCUCCACCCUAUACGCGGCGUCCAACCCUCGACGAUUCAUCGGCACAAGCACCAGCACAACAGGCGGAACAGCACCUAAAUCCCUCUUCGACGACGACGACACUCCAAUUGACCUCUCCGAAGACGAAGACCUGGUAAACGGCGCCCGUCCAGGCACCCCACCCCUCCAUGCACGCAAGCCCCCCUCCACAUCCACUCCAGCCGAAUGGCGAGCCCACCGCGAAGCCAUAAAAAAGCGCUACCCCAACGGCUGGGCACCCACCCACAAAAUCUCCCGCGAAGCCAUGCACUCCCUCCGCCAACUCAACAAACUCGACCCCGAAAAAUUCACAACACAAGUUCUGGCGGAGAAGUUUAGCAUCAGCCCAGAGGCCGUGAGGAGGAUUUUGAAGAGUAAAUGGGAGCCGUCGAAGGAGAGGAAGGACAAGAUGGUAGAGAGGGAGAGGAGGAUUAGGAAGGAGAAGAUAAUGGAGAAGGUGGAGAAGGAGAUUAUGGCCGCUGAGCCUUGGUUGAGGCCGGACUUGGGAGAGGAGGGGAAGAAGGGGAAGAGACCAAAGAGGGACCGGUUGACGUUGACUUGA